UGUCGGGUUCGUCCACUCGGUCUCGGCCAGAAUGUAAACAAAUGUUACGAAUCAUGUCUGAGGGAGAGGUGGCCAGGGCACUAAAAUGUGUCUUAGCACGUGUGUCUACAGCAACAAAGGGUCGACGUCCUGAUGUGGCAGCACUUGGUUCUCAGGCUCGGUUGGUUGCCGUCAGCAAAACCAAGCCAAAGGAGAUGAUAAUUGAAGCAUACUCAGCUGGCCAGCGACACUUUGGUGAAAAUUAUAUCCAAGAGUUGGUGGACAAGGGUAAUGAUCAGCAGAUAUUAGCUGAGUGUCCUGAUAUCAGGUGGCACAUGAUUGGUCAUGUUCAGAGCAACAAGGUUAAGAAAGUUGUUGAAGUCCCUAAUUUGCACUGCAUUGAGACUGUUGACAGCAUCAAGUUGGCUACAACUAUCAACAAUGCCGUCCAAAAGAACCUCGGAGACAAAAAGUUAAAGGUUUUUGUACAAGUUAACACCAGUGGGGAGGAUAACAAAAGCGGCAUUCAUCCAGAUAGAGUAAAUGAGUUAGUGAGCCACGUCCUGCAGAACUGUGCCCACCUAGACCUAGCUGGCAUCAUGACCAUAGGGGCAUUUGAUCAUGAUCUCACAAAAGGUCCCAAUCCUGACUUCCAGAGGUUGCUGAAAUGUAGAGCAGAAGUCUGUGAAGCUCAGUGUAUGGAAACCAAAGAUGUAGAAUUAUCUAUGGGUAUGUCAAAUGACUUCGAACAUGCAAUUCUUGUUGGCAGCACCAAUGUGAGAGUUGGCAGCACAAUCUUUGGAGCACGAAAUGUCAAGAAGUAAAUGACUAACAUUAAAUUUGUUAUUUAGAAAUUGAAAGGGAGUUAUGGUAAUGCUCUUACCAAUAUCAACUACUUAUUGAUAUUUUGCUGUCUUGGUGUUUAUUUUACUUCCUUGUAUGUUAUUAAUAUCUGCAAAUGUUAUUUUAAAAAUUCUUGAACUUCACUAUAAUAAAGUGUGAAUGAAUACUGUUAAGUCAUAUAAUAUGUACAGGGGGUAUAUGGAAGAAGUAGUAAAUUGAUUAGGAGGCGAGUAUAGUUGUACUCUGAAAGUUUAUGGAAAGUAUCAAGAGUUAGGACAUUAUUUCUAUAGGUAUCAGUAGUUUUUAAAAGCAUAAAUUCAUUCAGAUAUGAGGAUUGUAGACUCACAAACAAGACCAACUGGAAAAAGUUUAGUGAGGCAGCUAUCAUUUUGCAGUGAGAGAAGAAUGAAGUUGAUUGAAGCCUGGUACUGUACUGUACUUCAAAUACCCAUGUGGGUGUGGUACCUGUAUUAAUACUUGUUAUCUUGGUCCUAUAUAUUAUCAUCAUUUUCAUCUAACCUACACAAAACUGGAAGGGGAAUGAUGAUAAUUGAUUGCAGGAUUAAAAGUGCAAAGGUAAUUAUUUCCUAAUACUGUAUCUUGAUGCAACAAUUUCACAUCAGGAAUUAGGAGAGGAGUAAUGUUUGAUAGAAGUUUAUAUUGAAGAAUACAGUAUAGAGAUUAAAUACCUAUAAGAAAUAAUUUUAAAGAUGUUUAAUCUAACCUCUCGUCAGAUUAUUAACUCUGAUGUUACUGCCUUGUGAUAAAAAUAAAGCAUACAGCGUGGAUGCAUGGAACCCCUUUAGUAUUAUAGUCACCAAUAAUAAUGUACUGAGGGUGAAAUAAUAUGAGAUGUAUGGGGUUCAUAUUACUCAUCACCAGUUUCAUAUCUCACAGUGAAAGAGAUGCACAGUACAGUAUGGUAAAUUUCGUGGUUA